GUCACCUACUGAUGCUUUUUCUCCUUUCGAUUCAAGGCCGCUACUAGGAUGUUUCGAUGAGUUACCGCAGUCAGCACAUGUUUUUAUAAAUGUAUCAACUAAUGAUGGUCUUCCUCACUGUGGUGUAGUAACUUUUACUUUCUUUUAA